CCCAUCUAACCACCUCUGAUUUUCCCUGGUCAGGCUGUAACAAUGCGUGGGAUCUUUGCUAGCUGUGCACUCUCAGCACUGCUGCUGGCUGCAGUCUGGGCAGACCACCUCCCCGACCACCACCCCGACCACCACCACGAUGGAUCUGCUCACAGCCACGAGGGAGAGCAGAGCUGCCACAAGCUGUCGUCUCCCAAUGCUGACUUUGCCUUUGCCCUCUACAAGAGCCUGAACGCCAAGGCUGCUGCCGGAAAGAACAUCUUCUACUCUCCGCUGGGCAUCUCCACAGCCCUGUCCAUGCUGUCAGCAGGGGCCGCCGGUGACACCCACAGCCAGCUGUUCUCCAGCCUGGGCUACGGUGCUCUCACCCAGGCACAGGUCAACGAAGCGUACGAGCAUCUUUUCCACAUGAUGGGCCACAGCCAGGAGAAUCAGCAGCUGGAUGUCGGUAAUGGCGUGGCCGUGCGCUCAGGUUUCACUCCCCUGGACAAGUUCCUGAAGGAUGUCAAGCAUUUUUACUCUGCUGAAAUGUUCAAAGUUGACUUUUCCAAACCUGAUGAGGCUGCAGCUGAGAUCAACAGGUUCAUCGCCAGUAAAACCCAAGACAAGAUCAAAGAUAUGGUGAAGGACCUGGACCCUGAGAUGGCCAUGGUUCUGAUCAACUAUGUGUACUUCAAAGGACAGUGGGAGAAACCCUUCGAUGGUAACCAGACACACAAGGCAAACUUCUCUGUGGACGAAAACACCGUGGUUGAGGUGGACAUGAUGAAGAAGAUGAGUCGCUACGACUUCUAUCAGGACGUUGACAACCACACCACUGUCAUCAUGCUGCCCUACAAGGGAAACACCUCCAUGAUGAUCGUCCUCCCUGAUGAAGGCAAGAUGGCGGAGGUGGAGGGCUACAUCAACAAGGACUACAUCAGGCACUGGCAUGACUCGCUCUACAGGAGCUCCGUGGAUCUGUUCCUGCCAAAGUUCUCCAUCUCUGCUGAUGCCGCCCUGGAGAGCACGCUGAAAGAAAUGGGCGUAACCAACGCUUUUGGAGAGGCUGCAGAUUUCUCUGGCAUGUCUGAAGAGGUCAAGCUCAAAGUCUCAAAGGUGUCCCACAAGGCCGUUCUAAGCGUGGAUGAAACAGGAACAGAAGCAGCGGCCGCCACCACCAUCGAAAUCAUGCCCAUGAGCAUGCCCGAGACCAUAACCCUCAACAGACCCUUCUUGGUGUUCAUCAUGGAGCACUCAACCAGGAGCAUCCUGUUCAUGGGCAAGAUCAACAACCCCACAGCCAUGUAAACAUGCAUGUGUUACAUUUUCUCACUGCAGCAGCUACAGGACAUGAGCUCUUUUUACCUCAGCAUCUGAAAGCUCUGUAGAGAUGUCACAGUGAUAUUAAGAGGGGAAAUGAUAAAUGGAGGAUAGUUUGAUGAAUAAGUCAACAGAUCUAUCAUCAAUUCACAGAAAUGUCAGUCUAUUAAUCUGCUUUGCAUUCUGUCAGUGCGACACAUGAAUUACCAUCCGUCUUCUAAACCUGGCUAGGUGUAUACAUAUCUAAAUACAUCAUUACAUAUUGUAUCCAGCUGACUGUUGUACAUGAUUCACAUAAUAAACAUAUCAUUUGAGCGCCUGCUAACACACUGAGGAAAGAAGUUGUUGCUGUUUCAACAUGUUUAAGUAAAAUAAAGGUUUGUCAAGAAAAA